AUGGAUCAAAUACCUUUAAAGGAACCCAAUGACCUCGAAGACGGAGAAGUAUGUGAGGACGAAAACACCCAAAAAACCCAAACGUCCAAAUUCUAUAACGAUUUGGUGGCCAAACGGCGGACAAAUGUGGAACUUGAUCAGGAAAGAAAACGUGUAAAGAAGCAGGAAGAACGAGAGAAACGAGCUACAUGGGACGAGAGGCAUUGGAGUGAGAAGAAGCUGACUGAAAUGACUGCACGUGACUGGAGGAUCCUCAAGGAAGACUUCAACAUUGUCACCAAAGGAGGACGAAUUCCCCACCCUCUGCGGAAUUGGGAGGAGGCUGAUUUUCCGUCGGCGAUUAGAAAUAUAAUCAGUGAUUUGGGCUAUAAGGCCCCCACGGCAAUUCAGAGACAGACGAUUCCAAUUGGGGUGGACAAUCGAGACGUUAUUGGCAUUGCGGAGACGGGAAGUGGAAAGACAUUGGCAUUUUUAGUGCCUUUGCUUAUUUGGGAAUCUGAUAACGAGAAGGGGCCAUAUGCUCUAAUUCUGGCCCCGACGAGAGAAUUGGCCCAGCAAAUAGAAGAAGAGACAUUGAGAUUUGGGACUCCAUUGGGAAUAAAAGUGGUGUCCCUCAUUGGAGGGCUCAGUCGUGACUCGCAGGGAGUCCAGCUUAGGAAGGGCUGUGAAGUAGUCAUUGCCACGCCCGGGCGAAUGCUGGAUGUUUUGAAGAGUCGUUAUUUGGUGUUGGAGAGAUGUACGUACAUUGUGAUGGACGAGGCUGACCGGAUGAUAGACAUGGGGUUUGAGCCGGAUGUGACUGAGAUUUUGAAUUGUAUGCCAAAGAACAACUUGAAGCCGGAAGGGGAGUGUCUGGACACAACUGGACGCUUCUCGUUUCACAAUAAAAACAAAUAUAGAAGGUUUGGUGUUGUGAUAUUCCAGACUUCCAUGUUUACUGCCACAAUGUCCCCGGCCAUUGAGAGGAUAGCACAGAAAUAUCUCCGACAGCCGGCGGUGGUGUAUAUUGGGAGUAUUGGGAAGCCAACGGAACGAGUGGAACAGAUUGUGUUUAUGCUGAGUGAGAAGAAGAAACAGUAUUGGUUGUGUACAUUCCGAGGGAUAAACUGCUGUAUAUUUUACGAACUGAUUUUGUCGCCCCGAUCAUUAUUUUUGUCAACCAAAAGAAGGGUGCUGACAUUCUCUGCAAGGGACUUGAAAAAAUGGGGGUUUGUCUGGUUGAGUAUUGGCAAGUAUAGUGCCAUCACUCUCCACGGAGGCAAAGGGCAGGAACAGAGAGAUCACGCACUCAAUUGCAUCAAGGCGGGGAAUAAGGAGAUCCUUGUGGCGACGGAUGUGGCCGGCCGAGGAAUCGACGUGAAGGAUGUCUCCAUGGUCAUUAACUAUGACAUGGCCAAGUCCAUAGAACAGAACGUGGUUAUGUUAUGUAUAGACUACAUCCACCGCAUUGGAAGGACUGGAAGGGCCGGCAAAUCAGGAAAGGCAGUCACAUUUCUUACGCAGGAGGAUAAUGAAGUUUUCUACGAUCUCAAAGAAUUGAUUUUGGAGAGCAAAGUGUCGACCUGUCCUCUCGAAUUGUUGAACCACCCGGACGCCCAAGUCAAGCCGGGCACAUUUGUCCAGAAACGUCGUCGUGAUGAAAAGCUUUACAUUGCAUAA